AUGUUCCCAGGGCUUCCGCCUGCUCCGUGCGCCUGCCUGGGCAAGGAAGACAGAGACAGCACCAGCCACGGGAAGUGGCGCCCCUUCAUCAAGUACACGCCCGCCAUGCCAGCGGAGCCGGCCAUCACGGUGUCCGUGGAGGGAAUGAAGUUCCAGUACCAGCUGACCGAGGAUGAUCUGCACAAGGUCUUCAGCCGCUACGGCGCAGUGAAGCAAAUCCGCGUGGAUGAAGCUGGGGCCGGGGCCAGCGCCCAAAUCAUCUUCGAGCAGUUUCCGGAGGCUCAGGCAGCGAUGAAUGAUCUCAACGGCAAGGUGCUCAACGGAUUGGAAGGCACCUUGCGGAUACAGUGGGCGAGUCCACCACCGGCACCGUACCCGGGCGUGCCCUUUCCGGGCUGGGGUUUUCCGCCGGGGCAAUCCUGGCCGGCUCCCCCAGCUUCCAUUUCAGCAGGCACAGGGCCGGCCAACAGCGCGGAGAAGUCGCCAGGGAAGAGCCAGAGGAAGUACACCUGCCGUUUCAUCAUCGGCAUCGAGAAUGACAAGGACUUCCAGGUUGCACGGCGCAUCAUCGGCGCAAAGGGCACCAAUAUGAAGCGCAUCGUGAAGCAAACGGAGGCGAAGCUGCGCCUGCGUGGCGUGGGCUCGGGCUACUUCGAGGGCGCGGGGCAGAAGGAGAGCUCGGAGCCGUUGCAGCUCUGCAUCUCCUGCACCAGCCAAGACGGAUACAAGACAGCGGUCAAGGGCGUGGAGGAGUUGCUGAACCGCGUGUAUGACGAGUACCGCCAAUUCUGCCGGGAGAACGGAAAGCCAGUGCCGGACUUGCAAAUCAACUUCACGGAGAAUCAGUUGGUGUACAGCUCCAGGGCCCCGUUCAGCGCAGGCCUUGACGAUGACGAAGGCGACGGCAAGGACAAGCGAAAGAAUAAGGCGAAGGGCGCCAAGAGGGAGCCGGCGAAGAGCGCGGAUGGCGCCAUCGACCGCGGGGAGCCGGGCCCCAAUGCGCCGCCGGUCCAGGAGAUUGAGAAGCUGAUCGAUGAGCGCAAUGAGGCGCGCCGUGCCAACAACUUCCCCGAGGCCGACCGCAUCCGGCAGCUGCUGCACAACCGCGGUGUGGCGCUCAUGGACGAGCCGGGCGGCAGGGGCAAGGGCGCCGAGGUGACAACCUGGCGCUACUGGAGGGAUUGA